AUGAAGUCUGAAUUCUGCCAACAGUCCCAAAUAAAUUUUACUGCAACUAAAAAGUUCUGCACGACACUAGAGAAUGAGAGCACACCACCAGAGCAAAGAGUAGAAGAUGUGCGACUGAUUCGAGAUCAGCAUCCAACAAAAAUACCAGUGAUUAUUGAAAGGUACAAGGGGGAGAAGCAGCUUCCAGUUCUGGAUAAAACGAAGUUCCUGGUACCAGAUCAUGUCAACAUGAGCGAACUAAUCAAAAUAAUCAGACGACGCCUGCAGCUGAAUUCCACUCAGGCUUUCUUCUUACUGGUGAAUGGACACAGCAUGGUGAGCGUGUCAACCCCUAUAUCGGAGGUGUACGAAAGUGAAAAGGAUGAAGAUGGAUUCCUGUACAUGGUAUAUGCCUCUCAGGAAACUUUUGGAGUGCAAUCUUCUGUGUAAGCCAUUCAAGUGGCUUCUAGUCUAAGAUUUUGGUUUUACCUUCUACACCCCAGGCCCACCCCAGGUAAAAGAAAGGGAUGUCACCUACUUCUCUCAAUACCGUAGCAUAGUUUUGCUGUAGCAGGUGUCCUUCUCUUACCUUGCCUUGUUUGUGAAUAUUAAACAGCUGAGUGCGAGUACAGACAAGCAUUAAUCCAGCUUUGAAAACCUGCUGUCAUUUCACACAGGCACGCUUGUUCUAAGUCUCUGGACUUCCUGAAUAGAGCCAUACUUUGCACAUUCAGAUUGCUAGCACAAGAAACAUUUGACUGACUUCAGUGAUGCAGGAAAUGGCAGUUUCCAGUAGCGAACUAAAGUGUGUGUGUGACAUCUUUGUUUACUCCUCUUAGAGCAACUAGAAAGUGCUCCUUUUCAUGGAAAGAGGGUUCCUUUUUCCAUCAUGGAGCAAAUGUAUAAAGGUCUAAAGUGUAAGUUUGUGUAUAUUUAGUACAUCUCUGGAAGCAUUUGCCUCAGUAGUUGCAGAAAGUCAGGGCAAGUGGUGAUGGGGUAAUAGUUUUCUGGUAUUGCUACUGCAUAAGAUAAGAUGCCAAGUUCUUGAUUAUUAUUCAUACCAAACCCCACAGCUUUACUCUAAUUUUAGCAAGGAUGUAUAUUAAGAUUAUUCCAGGCUAGCCCCUGAACACACUUAACAUUAAGAGAAACCUCUAUCUAUUAAGAAUCUUCUAGUUUCACUGACACAAAUGGCUGCCCCCUCUGAGCUAGCUUUCAGUGGAUAGUCCCUCCUAACCUGAGGGUCAGCUUUUUUCCCAGAAAAUAAUGGGGGUUGUUUGGUUAAAAGAAUUUGCUUCCAUGAACAUGACUGGGUGAUAAGAUGGAGCCACUAAAAAUGGGUAAAGCCCCCAUUGCGAUCUUGGUCUUAGUUUUACUAAGAUGCACCAUUCCAGCUUAUUUCUUCUUGAUUACUGUUCCCUGUACUCAGCUAAAAGGUCAUUUAUAAACUCUUCAGUGCUCAAAGUCAAACUCAAAGACAAACUUUGUUUAAACACUGUUCUACUGAAGACAUUGGAUUCAAACAUACAAUUAAAAACAUGAAUCUAGCUGUCAGUUGCUUGUUUGUUCAGGUGAUAACUAAUGGGGGAAAUGCUUUAUAAACUCAUUUCACAUUCAGGAGUUUGUUUUAAAGUUAUGAGGAACAACCAGCUAGUCUAUCACUGAAGCUUCUGCCAAUUGCAUGGAGUUACUAGUAUCAUGAAUAGGGAUACAUCCUAUGCAGAGGGUUCUAAGUAGGAUCAGUGUUCUGACACUGGAGUCGCUGUAAAGAUUUGCAGGCUGAGAUUUACCCUUGUAUAUCAUGUGUAAGAAUUAAUUAUAUCUGUAAGUGGAAAUUUACUUACUUCUGGGGGAGAGGCAGGAGAGAAGCAAUACUACUGCAUCUUGGCACUCUGUACAACAUCCAGGUGUAUAAAUUGUAUCUACACCUUUCUGCAUGCAUCUUGUUCACUAUACUUAUUUAAUUUUUAAAUGUUCAUUGUUUUUUUACUUAAUGUAAACUCUAGAAGCAGCUUGUCCUAUGUUUAAUUUUGUGUAAAACUGUCUUAACUCAUGAGUCAUUCUUGUAAUUACUGUGAUCAAUGACUGAUUCCUGUACAAAUGUUGCUUUUUUAAAAAAUUAAUACAGUGCUUGAUAUGA